AUGGUGCCCACUGCGGCCGCCCGACUGGGCUUAGUGCCGCAGUGGCCGCUUUUAUCGCCCGACUUGUCCGUUGGUCCCUCUAUAAAAGACCACUUGCCCUCUUCUCAAAUCUCCCACGCACUUUCACUCCUUGCCCACCCGGGCUCCUUUCUUCUCGCCCCCACUGACCUUCGACGCAUUGACUUUCAGCCGGAUGCACUGCCCCUUUCAUUUCACCGGCGAUGCCGCUCGAUCCGCCGCCCAGGCUGGUGCAGCCAGCGCGGGCUGCGACGCGAUCUAGUCGCUCAGGGACAAGCGUCCUGGGAUGAUGCAGCUUUCAGUUGUUCGUCUUCUCUCCCAUAUCCCAUCUCCAAGAGAGUGACAGGAGUUGCAUGUCACGAAACUGGCUCGUUCGCGCUCCCCAGAGCUCCUAGCCUCUGCCAUUCCUUUCCUGUGACCUUGGCCUUCGCCAUUGCAAUGCCCCGGAUACCGUCCUUGAGCCCGCGCGCCCAACUCCAUCCGCCACGUCAGCUCCGUCUGAGGUUACAUUGCACAGCCCUGGCGUCGCUGAUCCUCGGGUUACCUGCUCGCGAAUGCUUUUUCGCCCCGCUGGGGACAUCGUCGGUCUCCACGGUGAACGCUGCACCUACCCAAGGGAGCCUUCGAUAUCACAGUCGACUGAACUCCAUGGAUAUAUCUCAUAGCUAA